CCAGGGAACUUUUGAUCUCUCAAUGGAUGGCAUUUCCAUCUCCAUUUCUCUGAACUUGGGCAAGGACCAGUCUGGGCACCCUACUGUCUCUGUAACCCACUGCAGCAACUCCAUUGGCCAGGUCAGCAUUCACAUAUCUGGAUCCUUAAGCUGGAUCAUAAACCUCUUCCAUCAAAGAAUUGAAAAAAACAUCAAAAAAAUCUUGGAACAAAAGAUCUGCGAGAUGGUCAGGAAGUCAGCAGCCUCGAAUCUGACGCCCUAUCUCCAGAGUCUUCCAGUCACCACAACAAUUGACCAGAUUUCUGGUAUCGACUACAGAUUGGUAGAAAAUCCCCAAGUAUCCUCUGAAGACCUGAAUGUGUUCUUCAAGGGUGAAUUCUUCAGCCAAAGCCAGCGCUCCCCAGUCCCCUUUGAUGCCCCAGCCCUGAUGUUACCCCAACAGUAUGAUCACAUGGUUUACUUCGCAGUCUCUGAAUAUGUCUUUAACACAGCCAGCAGGGUGUACUACCAGGCUGGUCGCAUGAAUGUCACCAUCACAAAUGAGCACCUGAAGAGAUUGACAACACUGGCUGCCAAGGACUCGGCAAAAAAAUGGCGAAAGCAGAAUGGGAAGCCAAACUGUAUGAACUCAGGAUCCACCCCUCUGACGACAAUGCUGCUCUGCUAUUCCAGCAACUUCCUACUUCCCCUGCUUCAGGGACCCCUAAACCUUCCAAUGCAACUCAACACCAACAUGCUCCAGGCCCUGGUUCCUCAGCUGUCCAGGUUGCACCGUAAUAUGCAGGUCGAGCUUGAGGCAUCACCAGAAUCAGAACCACUCCUGAUGUUCACCCCUGGGAACGUGACCCUCACACCUGUCAUGAACAUUCAAGCUGUUGCCCUCCUGCCCAACUCCACUGAACGCAAGCCACUCUUCCAGUUCAGGGUGAAAACUAAUGUCUCCAUCAGCAUACGCAUGAACUCCAGUAGGAUCGUUGGUUCAGUGACUGAAGCAAGCAAACUGGAACUGGAACUGAACCACUCCAGUGUCAGUUACAUCAAUAUGCCGUUGAUGAAUGCAAUCUUGAAUUACUAUGUACUCAACACUAUAUAUCCCUCCCUCAAUGCAAAGCUUGAAGAGGGUUUGCCACUCCCUCUUCCAAGAGACACCUUCCUCAAGAACAUGGAUCUCCAGGUUCACAAGAAUUUCUUGCUUUUAGGGGCUGAUAUCAAUUAGGCUGAAGACAAGACUAUCUGUGACUGGAAGAGCAGACAAACAUUACAGCUGGACCUGCUCGUUUGACCCAGGCUUCAGCCAUUCUGCCUCCUCUUACAGGAAAGGUCCCCAGAAGGACAGAAGGACUUACAUCUAUCUGAAGACAACUUCCCAACCUUUCUCUUCCAUUAUUA